AUGCCUCACCGAAUUAACAUUCCUCCUGCGACCCGUACUUGUCUCGUCAGCCUCAUCACGCUCUCUUUGCUGUACAACAUCGCCCGAUGGCGACAAAUUGACACGACGGGGAAAACACCCACAGCGACACCUAUUGCUCCCUACUUGACCCUUGUCCCAUCGCAAUUCUUCUUUUACCCGUGGACCCUACUCACGGCCACAUUCGUGGAGCAGAAUAUCUUUACAGUACUUCUCAACGCCGCUACUCUGUUCUAUGGCGGGAAAUACCUGGAGCGUGCUUGGGGUUCCAGAGAGUUCGCGAAAUUUAUCGUCAUUAUCGCAGUGAUUCCCAACGUGGUGGUAGCCCUGGUAUACCUACUAUGCGCCGCCAUCGGGGCUAGUUCAGUGAGCGGGUACGAGAUCUUCUCCUGGCACGACUGCACAAACGCUUGCGCUCUAUCUGCUGACUCCCCAUCUCCAAGCCUAACGCAAAUAUGUGGUGGUAUAUCGAUUCAGUCGUCCUUCCUCGUGGCCUUCAAACAACUGGUUCCCGAGCAUACGGUCACGAUCUUCAAGGGCUUGGUCAAGAUGCGCGUGAAACAUUUUCCUGCACUGUUUCUGUUGCUCAAUACAAUUAGCGGGUUGAUUUUCGGAACCCAAGUCGCAGCGCUCCUCGCAUGGCUAGGCCUGUUGACCAGCUGGUCCUACCUGCGAUUCUACAAGCGGCAGCCAGAUCUCACGGGCACGUCGACAGACGGACAAGGGAUCAAGGGUGAUGCAAGCGAGACUUUCGCAUUCGCUUGCCUCUUUCCGGACGUCAUGCAGCCGCCAAUUGCAUUUGUUUCUGAUCAGAUUUAUUCGCUCCUCGUGGCGUUAAAAAUUUGCACGCCAUUCUCGGAGGAAGACAUUGCAUCCGGGAACCAACAAGUCCUUGCGAGAGGUGAGGCCGGCCUGCCCAGUCUGCUCAGCAACCAAAGAGGUGGAGGAAUCCGUGGGACGGGAAAACGUGAAGAGGCCGAACGAAGACGGGCGCUGGCACUCAAAGCUCUGGACCAGAGACUCCAAGCCGCCGCCGCAGGAAGAACUCAAUCCCAGUCGUCUACAUUGGACCAGGCCGGACCCAGCCAAGCUCACCCUGCGACGCCAGCUGUCCCGACGGGACAGAGUAUGCUGGGGGAAACAAGCUACACGCCCGAUCAUGCGUGA